GAAAAUAUUCACUCCACGUAAACCACGGCUAUGGAAGACGGAAAGUCGGUUGCGACAAACCGGUAAGUAACGGUCCCUCUCUUGAGAUUUGUAAACGUAUUGUUGCAUUCAUUGAUCUUGUUUCCGAACGCUCAUUUCAAAGUAACGUUUCAUUUGAACGAAAAAAUAAAUAAUACUUUAAAUCUAAAACAAUAAAAAGAAAUACUCAAUAUUUUUUUACAAUAAACAAAUGUCGAUGUACUGAUCAUUAGUUUUCCCGUGAUGGAGGCCAAAAAGAAAUAAUUGAUAAAACAAAACAAAACAAAACGAACCUGUCAUCCCAAUGGAAAGCGGAAGGCUAUGAUAUUAACUUACUCCUCACUUAGAACUUGUCGACACACGGCAUUUACUCGUCGUGCCCGACGCACGCGUUUGUAAUCAAAAUUAUAUUGCUUACAUCGUUUAUAUUUUAUUAUUAUUGUUUAAUCCUAACUAAUUAUUAUGGAUAAAAUUCGGUUUCUUCUGUUUUUCGUCGCUGUCAUAGCACCGAGCUCAUCAAACACAAAUAUAUUUGGUGGUCAUUGUUCGAAACAGGAUCCCGAGGUGGACGCCUGUCUGCUGAAGAGCUUCAAUAACCUCAUCGAACAUCUCAAGGAAGGGGAUCCUGAGCUGGGAAUCGAACAGUCAGAUACCAUUGUAAUUGAUGAGUUAUCAAUCGCUUUGGGCGGAGGCCCUGACGGAUACAAGGCCACCUUCAAGGACAUCCAUGCCAGCGGAGUAGAUGACGUCACCAUCACUAAUGUCAGAUCAGACUUGGAAACGCACCAGUUCCAAAUAACGCUCUCCAUACCCCACAUAAGUGCCACGGCUCGUUACCGAUCUUCGGGGAUGCUGCUUUUAGUUAGAGCCUCCGGGGGUGGAGAUUACUGGGGAGAAUACGAGAAUGUCAAGGCAAAGGUAUAUUUCCGGGGCGAGCCUUUCAUCAGGGAUGACCAGACGUUCCUGAAACUCAAGCAAAUCAAGCUGGACUUCUCUGUCAAGGAAAUCAAGAUGGGUGUUGAAAACUUACACAACAGCAACUCCGUCUUACAGGCGGCAUUGAAUCUAUUCAUUAACACGAACGCCCAGGAAUUGCUCAAGGAAAUGAAGCCACAGCUGAAGAGAGACCUAGCGGAGAAGAUGUCCCGGUUCUUGGACAGAAUCCUCGACAAGAUUCCGUACGACGACUGGAUUGUCGAUUAGCUUAAUAUACAAAUAAAAUAAAUUAUAUAAAAAGCGUAGUUAAUAAGGCCAACAAAUAGUAGAAAACUAUGUAUAAGAAGCAAGGAAACUACUGAAUUGUUUAAAGAGACGUUAAUUUUGGGAGUGUUGUUUGGAACACAGUAUACGUUACUUAACUCUUCUAUUAGAUUAGUGAGAUUCAAACUAACAUUGUCUCGCAAGUUAGGAUUAAAUAUUAUUUAUAUAGAUUAUUCAUUAAUUAAAUAAGGUCCAGUGAUUAUGUGUUUGUAAUAUUAGAUCAUCAAUAAACGUUGGUACCAAAA